AUGGCUGAUCCACCCCGGACUGUACUCAUCUCAGGAUGCUCCUCUGGGAUUGGCUUGGAGCUGGCAGUGCAGCUGGCUCAUGACCCCAGGCAGCGCUACCACGUGGUGGCCACCAUGAGGGAUCUGGGAAAGAAGGGGACACUGGAGGCAGCUGCUGGGGAGGCUCUGGGUCAGACCCUCACCGUGGCCCAGCUGGACGUGAGCAGUGACGAGUCAGUGGCCCAGUGUCUCAGCUGCAUCCAGGGAGGGGAAGUGGACGUGCUUGUGAAUAAUGCUGGAGUGGGCCUGGUGGGGCCCUUGGAAGGGCUCAGUCUAGCUGCCAUGCAGAAUGUCUUUGAUACCAACUUUUUUGGGGCUGUCCGUCUGGUCAAGGCUGUGCUUCCUGGCAUGAAGAGAAGGCGACAGGGCCACAUCGUGGUGGUCAGCAGUGUCAUGGGGCUGCAGGGUGUCGUAUUCAAUGAAGUCUACGCGGCCUCCAAGUUUGCCGUGGAGGGGUUCUUCGAAAGUCUGGCUGUCCAGCUGCUACAGUUCAACAUCUUCAUCUCCCUGGUGGAGCCAGGCCCGGUCAUCACAGAAUUUGAAGGCAAGCUCCUAGAGCAGGUUUCCACAGCUGAGUUCCCAGGCACCGACCCUGACACCCUGAGCUACUUUCGAGAUCUGUACCUCCCAGCCUCCAGGGAGCUCUUUCACAACGUGGGACAGAGCCCACAGGAUGUAGCCAAGGUCAUCGUCAAGGUCAUCGGCUCGGCCAGACCACCCUUGCGCCGACAGACCAACACCCGCUACGCUCCACUGGCCGCGCUCAAGGCCAUGGAUCCCUCCGGCAGCCUGCAUGUGCGAACCUCCCACCGCCUGCUCUUCCGCUGGCCACGCCUCCUCAACCUUGGCCUUCGUUGCCUGGCCUGCAGCUGCUUCCGCACCCCAGUGUGGCCCCGAUGA